GUCAGUCCUUACACUCGGGUCGGGUUAGUAGACUAGCGGUGCUCCUGCUCCUUCUCCUUCUCUUAAUAGCUCGGCUUUGGAACUCCUCAGCUUGCUCAAGUACAGCCGCCAGCUAUGGCCAAAGUUCCCUUCGUGUAAAUAGCGCUCGGUCAGCCUUCGCCGGGCUAUGGGAGGAAUCCAUGUAAAACUUCACUGGAGAUACUGGGAGAAGCCUCCACCUGGAAGCGCCCCGCUCUAACUACCAAACCUGGCACUUUUCUCGGAUACAAAUCGCUUCGGACAAUUGCUUGGAUGCCCUUCUCCAAGAUGCCUGGGUGGGUGCUCCUGCCCGUUACCCUCCCAGCCUUUACCAUCACCGGCAUGUGGAUAGUGUAUGCCAUGGCAUUGUCAAACAACCAUAUAUGCCCCGUGUCGAAUUGGAUUUAUAAUAACACUUGUGAAUCUCUGGAAGAUGGGUCAUGUUGUACAAUUGAUCAUAUACCACUUGUCAGUAAAUGUGGAAACCUUCCACCAGAGAGCUGCUUCUUCAGCCUAAUAUGCAGUCUUGGUGCAUUUAUGGUGAUGCUGAUUGGCCUACUUAGAUAUGCCUAUGUUAUUGAACACUACGGCCCCUCCUGGUUGAAUACAGUGGCAUUUAUUUUGGGAUGGAUUUGUGCGGCUGGCCUUACAAUGGUGGGAAGCUUUCAGGUGGAUCAUGCUAAAGUUCUGCAUUAUAUUGGAGCAGGCGUUGCAUUUCCAACUAGCAUGCUGUUUAUUUUCCUUCAGUCCAUCCUGACGUAUCGCAUGGCACGUGCUUCCUGGGGCUGCUAUGUUGGACAUAUCCGCACCAUUCUCACUCUCUUUGGCCUGGUGAUUCUAGUUCUCAGUGGUGUCUUCUUCAUCCAGGAAGGCUUUGUAUUGCAGCAUCUGGCUGCCCUCUGCGAGUGGACCUUUAUUAUCAAUGUUCUCAUCUUCUACGGGACUUUUUCUUUUGAAUUUGGGGUGAUAUCAACGGAUACAUUCCUGGUGCUUCUCAAAGCGAGCAGAGCCCCAAAAAGCUAUAAGGCAGGAACCAGCACCCCUGCCACACCUCAUGCUCACAGCACCUCUGAGAACAUGGCCAUGAUUUGAAAACACUGGACAGUUUGUCAUGUAUGGACAUGAUAGGAAUAUUCUGCUUUUGGUCCUUAAGAAGUGAGACCAAUUUACUUUGCAUUGUGGACAAUGAGAAGGGCUAGUCACAUGACCAAAAAAAGAUAUAUAUAUAUAUAUUAUAU